GUUUUGUGUUCAUCUCGGACUCGUUCUGAGUAGAUCUAAACUCGUUUCGGACUUCUUCGAAAAAUGAACCUCGUCGACCAAGAGAGCUUUUCCUUAUGUUCGGACGUGAUGUGAUCGACGAUCCCUGUCUUCGUAUUUUCAUUUUUUCGACAACAUUUCUCGACAAGAUCUAGAUGAUGAAUAUUGAGCUUUUUAUUUCGUUUCGACACUCGACAAUCGUCGAGGCCGUCGUGGUUGUACUAGAUGUAGAUUGCAAUUUUGUGUAUCUUUCCCAACGAUCGACUGGUUUGCAGUUGAUCGUGUUGCUGAGUGUUUUUUGAUGUGAUCUGCGGAACGAGAUCCGAUGUUUUUUUCAGGCAAUCUGCCGUCUUUUGCGACUAAUAAUUGGAAUUUUUCUCUGUCUAUGUCUUCCCAUUCAUGAUAGGGCGAAGAGAUCAAGGAUAUCAUGAUAUGGUCUUUUUUUCUUCUGUGGUGAUUUCUGAAGCGACCCACACACGCUCGAAAGAAGUAGGUGGAUAUUGUUAAUUCACAAAUAAAGACUAGGUCGUGUAUCGAUCUUUAUCGUUUCUGAGUCUGUUUUUGUAUCCCACUAACAGAGACAGAACGAACGACAUCACAGGCAGAGGUAGAACAAGGCCUGCUGAAAAGGGAGAAACAUCUGCCUGAAGGAGACAACGCGAUCUGAUUCUGAAGUACACGAUAAGCAUAAGAUUAACAGCAAUAAUUACGAGGCGAACUUGUAUUCACGACUAUUGCAACGAUCACCCACUCCAACUUCUCACCUGUCUGUCAUUGCUGAUACCUCAUCUGCUGCAGGCACGGCAACCAACGCCAACCGAAAGCAAUCUGCAGUGCCAAUCCACCUGCUCAUCCUCCUCCUCAUCUAGAAGUUGGCACAAUGUCUGCGCGCAUCCCCCCGGCCGCGGUUGGCCAACCAGUGAGCAGUGGGUCAUCCGCGACCGCAACACAAAAUCCUGCCCAGCAGGACCGCCAGGUGUCUUCGACGACCAGCAUCAACGACGAGAUGCACAACGCGACCAAUGUUUCCAGCAGCAAUAGCCACACUCCUACAACGGUCGUUAGCCAACUCAGCACCGUACAACAGGAAUACGACCGGCAAAAAACCCGGCUCGAUAAGUUCGUGGACAAACUUAAGAAAGAAGGGUAUUGGGACGACGCGGAAGGCGAAUGGUUGAAAAAGGCCCUCGAGUAUACGGACAAGGCGGAUCAAGCGCUGCAGGGACUAUUGUCAGAUCCGGAGGCCCGGGCCAAGCUUUUGCAAACACGGACGGCAACGAUCCGAGACACGUACAAAAAGACCAGUGACAUAUACAAGCGGAAAGUGAUGCUGCAGCAGGCCGCACAACACCGGGCAGCACAAAAGCAGUCGCAGAUCCCUUCCAACAAUAGUGCCAACGCAGCUAGUGGUACCACUUCUACGUCGUCUAACGCCUCCGUGGCGCCGCUGAAUGAAGUCCACAGCCGGAUCGACAACCUGGAACAAAAAGUCGAUAACCUGGAACAGAAAGUUGAUCGCAACAAGGCGGAUCAGGAUGUAGUCAACAAAAAGCAGCAGGAAUUUAACGAAGUACAGGAAGUGACUAACACCAGAAUGUUUGCCGAGGUUGCGCAGUGCAAUCGUGAGAUUGCGCAGUUCAAGAAAGACGUAUGACAUUGCACAACUGGCCCUCCUUACCCCCCCCCAUUUCGACGAUAUCCAUACCAGCGCAGAGCCUCCUGGCAAAGAUGCAGCUUUUGCAUGAAGAAUUUUUUUUAAUGUUUAAUGCCCGAUUUUAAUGCUGUUUUGCUUUUGGCUUCCGGAACAGGCACCGCAAGCCCUGCCAGGAGGAAAUGUGUGUGGGUGGGCUUGGUACUUAAGUGCAUGAAAAGGGAGGCGCAAGGGGAGCUGUUGUUGUGAACUCUCAUAAGCUCUCACGGCAGUUGAGAACAGUCUCGGCAAGAUGACGCACCAGGUCCAGGACCUGAUGCUGUUUAUGGAGAUCGGGACUGGUGCCCCCGCGCAGGCACCCGAGCAAACAGGACAGGAACUACAGGACGCCGAGUACGUGAAGAAACUGGAGGAGCGGCUGCACAAGUUGGAGAACACGUCGACCAUGUUCCUGAAGUGCCAGCUGCUAUCCCAGAGAAAAAUGGUGCCACGGUGUAAUGUGUGUAGAAAUUAUGCUAGUUGUGAUGCAAAAAUCAGCAGGCGAACAAAACGUGAUUCGUCGGGCAUACCAGUGUGGGUGUUAGGACAUCCCGUCCGCUAAUUUCGGUCGUGUUUAAUUUUGCAGUACAAAUGUAUCCUAAACUAAAAAGCUAGUGUGAUGUUGCCAAGGAACAAUUUUUGCUCUGGCAUAGCAGGCGAAGGAAACGUUGAGAAACGUCCACUGUGCACUCACCCACUUCAUCGCAGACGAGAGGGAAAAACCCGUGCUGCACGAGGAGGAACAGAUGCACGUCGACGUGGCCGAAGCCGUUAAGAAGGAGCUAGACGAAGAAGUGUAUCCCUGGUUGUAUCGGUCAGAAGCGGACGAGUUCACGGUCGAGGCGCUCCAAGAUUGUACCAAGCUCUACCUCCGCGAAAUCAAGAACCUGUAUCGGCAUAAUGUGCCAACGGGGUGGCACGAGCGAGUCGCAAUUCAAAUCUACUUGUCCAUGACGCUGCUAGCGAAGGUCCAGGCGGAGGUGAAGGCCCACGACACCGACACCAAAGCCGAUGCCGAUCGUAAGAUGCCCCUGCGCAGGUUCGAGGAGCAACUCCGUAGGUCGAAACGGGCCAUCGAGAUCUCGAAUUCCGUUGGACAGAAGAGGACGGGGAAGCAAAAGGUACUAUAAACUCUUUGCUAAAAAAGUGGCUUGCAAAUAGCCGGGCGCGUCUUUGCAUGUAGUUGCGGCACCAGCGCAUGUUCAUGACCAUGGAUGUUGGCGUGUUUAUUUCCACUUGUCGUGGCAACUUCACCAGCUACACCCACUUUGAUGUUGUAGUGAGCCGCUUCCGUUCGAACAUACUACACGCAUGACAGAUGUAGACGUAGGUAUCGCAUGAACCAAGAGCCGCUGGCUCUGGGAGUUGAUACCACUAUUUCUUUCUAAAAUCAGGUUCUGAAGAACCCGUUCCUUGCGGGCAUCACGGAAACACGACGGCUGAAAGGUGAAACCGAGUCGCAACAGGCUGCUCCGGUCAAUCACGAGUUAGACCCAGACGACGCAAUGGAGUACUUAGUCUCGAUCCAUAGCCAGCCACAACAACGAGACGUCGAGGAGCAGGAAAAUUAUACCCCAGAAGCUACAGGAGCAACAGCGCAAUCGGAGAAGGAGUUUUUCUCGUACUCUUGAUUACUAGUUAUUUUGCUUUAUUCAAAAGCGUUUGCUCGAAGUAGUACAAACAGAGCUUCUGCUUUUGUUGAGAAUGAAAUUCAAUUUCUAUCGUGUCACUGCCUCUUUCUCUCCUUCUACUUGAUGAGCAGCGGCGAAGUCGCUCAGGCGAAAGAAUGACAAAAAAGCGAGGACACGACAUCAUAGUACAAAUGAUAAUAAAGUACGGCAAAGAUGACAAACAGAGAGAACAAAGGCAAUGACAAACGACAUCUAUUUAGAUGAUAAGACCGAUCAUUUCAUCCUCCCUACAGAAACCAACUCCCCGUCGAACACGAAGACGCGUCUCCAGACAAGAUGGAGAACACCCAGGGGACGAGCGCGGGAUUCUUGGACGGCAGCCGGUCGAGCAACAGUGCGAGUUCCCAGCAAUCAGGGGCGACUCCGAUCAUGACAAACCCGCCCGACGAGCACUACGAUUCAGCGACCAAGAAGGCUACUACCAAAAUCCAGCUAGUGGAGGAAAACACUGCGGGAGCUGCGAGCGAAGGGGCCGGCUUGUCCACUCCAAAGCGAAGCAGUUUCGUGCGUGGGAUGCGCGCAUUCUUCGAACGAACCCCCUCAUCUGCUUCAAGUUCGUCGUGCUCAUUGUCGCCCGCGAAAGAGCGGGGGUGCGAGCGACGGUCGGACUAACUUGACAGCCUACAGGAUAGCUGAAUACUUUUGGAAGCAAGCAGGUGCACAAAUUGUAUCUACUCAUGCUUCUCAGUAGUUGUUUAUGUGUGUCUACAGAAUGUAGUAUGUUAGUUUCCUCAAUUUUGUUUAAUGCCUCCAUGAUGCCGAUUCAUCGCGAUUAUGUGUGAUGUCAUCAUUUAUUCCGAGAAACAAAAUCCAGGUGUAACACUCUGUGGUCGAAAGCAUCUCACUCUCACGCGGAUACUCUAGGAGAAAAAGUUGAUGGGACAGGUACUUGUACUACCAGAAGUACUGCUGCUUCUUUUAUUUUCAUCUUGCGAAAAGUUAAAGUGCCACGACAUAGAAUGCGUCGUCUGACUUCGGAACUUCUUUCUUUAGUUCAUGGAAUAACUAUCAGGUGCUUCUUCCGAGGCUUUUCACUGUCACUGAUAUGAUCUUCUGCACGAAUAGAUGACGCCGAGCUGCUCACUUUCAGUAGGAUAACUACUUACGGAUGUGCUUGCGGGCCAGUCAUUGUCAUGCACGAGGACCAGACGAGAAGAGAUGCAAGAUGUCCCAGACAUCUUGAAGUUUUUAAUUUGAAAUUACAUUACAACUAAAUCAAUCUGACAAGCAAAUGCUGACUUGUGCUACCUCCUAUGGAUGUAAUCGGAUUUUUACAAGGGCAAGAAUAAUAGCUCGCUGAACAGAUACAGAUCUCGAAGUUUGGUUUUCCGUUUGAACAGAAUUUUAUUGAUUCUUGAGGAGACUCAAUACAAAUCUUGAGCCCUUGUAUGUAAGAACUAGAACUAAAAUUGACCUUGUGACGGAUAUUUAGGAUUCGGGUUUCGAUUUCAAAAUAAAAGUAGAGGCUGGAGCUAACCUGGCGAGUUAUACCAGAUCUUAAUCAGCACAGAGCCACCCCCCUUGUUUUCAUUUUCAAAGAACACGACGUGGAUUAAAAUGGACAGAAUUAUUGCGAGCUUUGUAAGAAGAAGAGCAGUGCCCCCCGGCAGUCGCAGUUCUACGCGAAAACCAAUGCGCACGCGCUCCAUCAUGAGCUCGUCACGGCCGUCAGGGUAAAUGGACAAUCAAUUUUUUCUGUGAACU